UCAGGGCACCAUUUUCAGAGGCCGCUUUGCCUGCGUAGACGUCUGACUGGUGGUGCCGGGUUGUGACACCACCACACGCCAGCUGAACAUCUCCCAGUUCAGGCAGUUUGAGGCGAAACACCAUCGUGAUUUGCGCCCUAAUGCCACCAGUCAUAAGACUGCCCGGGAACAGUCUCAGUUUACACUGUGGAGCCCGGUCAAAAGCGCUUUGGGAUGUUUGGGAGCAUUUUCCAGCAGGUGCGCUGAGAGGGACACAGAAGCCCACACACCGUCCGGGCUGCCGCAGCGCCCGCGCGCUCAGCACCACCCCAGGCGCCGAGCCGCACAUGCGCAGCCAGUGCCUCCGGCGGCCGCUCAGCCCUGCCCCUCCAGGCCGCCGGGUUUCCGAAAAGACCCCGGGCGUGGCAACGCUCAUGCGCGGGCUGGCGCCGCGCAUGCGCAAUCGGGUGCCUCCGCGGAGCUCGCACCUUUACCCCUGGCGUCACCGAGGGUGGGCGGUGUGCGGGGCGCCGGGGUCGCGGGCCCCUCCGGGCCUGAGCAGCACGGAGGUGCAGGGUGCCGCCGAGGGCGCGGGGCCGGGCGCCAGCGGCGCGCCCCUCCCCGCGGCCGCCGCCCCGCAGUUCGCCCUGCUGGUGAUGCGGCCCUGCGGCGGGCCCGGUGAGCCUGCGGCCCUCGGGGGCGGCGCCGGCGCGGCCGGGGCCCCGGGCUGCCUGUGCGAAGGGACGGCGGCCGGCGGCGAGGAGGCGGCGGAGGACGAGGCCGACCUGCUGGACGCCGCGGACGGCCCGGGCGGGGGCGAGAGCGCGGCCAGCCUCGAGGACCCGGAGGACGAGGGGCUGCUGUCGGGGGGCGAGGGCGGCCCCGGGGCAGCCCGGCGGCGGGGCGGCGGCGGGGGCUGCGUGAGCAAGACGUGCACCUACGAGGGCUGCCGCGAGACCACGAGCCAGGUGGCCAAGCAGCGCAAGCCGUGGAUGUGCAAGAAACACCGCAACAAGAUGUACAAGGACAAGUACAAGAAGAAGAAGAGCGACCAGGCCCAGAGCUGCGGGGGCGCCGCGCCGGCCGGCGGCGCGGGGAACGUCAAGCUGGAGGAAAGUCCAGAUAACAUACUCUCCAUUGUUAAACCAAGAACAGGAUCUUUUGGGGAUCGUCCUGCAAGACCUACUCUUCUAGAACAAGUGUUAAAUCAAAAACGACUGAUACAGAAGCAGGCCUGCAAAGGCUACGUCGCCUGCUCAACACCGCACGGCUACUGGACUUCAAUCCAGAUGGCUGCCAAAUGGAGACACACAGAGCAGCCCUCAGGUGCCCAGUUCAGAGGGAGAGGCUUUUGGGCCAGCUGGGCACCAGGCCCCGGACUCCUCUCCCGCUGGAAACCGAAGGUCAGACACUGGGGUGACUGCGGCAGCAGGGGCCCCACACUGGUGGCAGGACCAGGAGUCCUCACGGCCCGGUGCCGCCUCGCUGCCUGCUGUGAGGGGCCCCUGGGGUUCAUGAGAGGCGGGCGCUGCCCAGGGUGAGCCUUCCCACUCGCGGGGGUGAGGGCACCUGAGCACCGGUCCCUUAAGGGGGUGCCCUGUUGGCAGAGCACGUGGAGCCGAGCUACUGAUCAGCGCAGAGGCAGCAGCCGCACCACCCGCUACAGGCGCUGCCGCACAGCUCACUUCGCUGAGCGCGAGACGCACAAAGGCGCGUGGCCUGCAGAGCUGGAGGCGUGUCCCUCUGGCCUUCAGAGAAAGUCUUCUGGCCUCUACUCCUCAGCCUCUCCCCACAAACAUCUUGUCGUUAAACAUCAGGGGUAAUUUAUAAUUUUUAGUUUUUAUCUUUCUAAAUGAUAAGAUUAGACAGAACUUAGCCUAUCAUUUGCAAACAUUAUCUCCAAAUAACAUAUUGCAGGAAUGAGUAAUUUUUGACGUAAAUGCCACACUGAAUUCCUAAUUACUCCAUUUAGCAUUGCUUUUCAGACGACAGCAGAGUUUCUGAGGCCGUACACGGGACUUUAUCAGAUGCAUACCAAUAGUGGAACCCUCACAGAUCUGGCAGAGAGAAAGUUACAGAAUUUGGGUCUCCUUCUCUGCUCCUAACUUGAUGUCGCAACAUCAGCAUUCCCUAUGCUUCUUGUCUUUAUCCAAAUUCACAUUUUGAAAAUAAAUUAAGUAUACUAGAAUAAAAACAAUUUUAACUGUUUAAAAUUAAAACUACCUUUCCUCACUACUCCAUGCAGCAGAGUAUCUAGUUCCCAGCCCGAGAAGCGCGUCUCUCCCCUCGCCGGCCGCCGCACAAUCACCAGGCACGCACUUGGGAGCUUGCCGGCACCUUUACUUGAAGAGGAGAGAUGAAAUACUUGCUAAUUUUUAAAAAGGAGAAUUGGAACCAAAUACCAUUUCUGCCUUUACAAUGUGAACCCCAGAUGCCGUUCUAAACAAGAGCUGGAUAACGCUGAGCAUGAGCAGAUGGAAUCACCGCCCUUGAAGAACCCCCAGCCUGGCAGGGAGGAGGGAGUGUGUGGCGCAGGAACUGGUAACUGACCCCCAAGGUGUACAACCGCUGGUGGGAGCUUGGAGGACAGGCUGAGGAGGGCCUGGGACGACGGGUCGGGGAACUGAUGGGAAGGCAGGCAAGUGGAGGGGCCCCGCCUUCCCGGUGCUGCCCCAGGGCCUGCGGGAGGUGUCACCGCCUGGACCCCUGCAGCCUGCUCACCUGGUGGUGCACUUCUGUGCCUUGUUCGUCCUCCUCCGCCAACUGGUCAGGUAAGUCCUUUAAGGCAGGAACUGUGCUGUCAUUUUAUCUACAGUGCCUGCCUGCUGGCAGCUGAUGCACAAGAGCACUGGGGAAGUGGACACGUGCAGAUCCCUAGGAUGAGGAAAAUCCUCCUCUGUAAGAUGGGCUGAUGUUAAAUAUGAUAUUUUAUGUCUAUCCCAUGAUGGAGUAAAAAAUCUGUACCAGUUUGUGUUUAAAAUGGCAGUUCAAGUAUCAGACGCAAGAAGAGGGUCAGGAAGGGUGAGAGACGCAGACGCCCCAGACGCCGUCACGCUCUCCGUGAGCUCACAGCUUAAACGGGGGGGUUCGCCAUCCCCACCUGCACCUUCCCAGAAGAGCUUCAUCUCUCAUUUGUUUGUAUUUGGAAUUCCACAAAAUAUUUGUUUUCGACAAAGGGCUCCACUUCUUAAGAGGGAAAACCUUGAUCAAGUGAAUAAGAAGGCUGUUUUCUCAAAAUGUUUUUUUCCCCCACUCCAUUUUUAAGACUGGGAAGAAAUUUAAAUGGAGGGUAUUGAGAAUUUGUAUUUUUAGAUAUGUUCAUAUUCCUCCUGGAUUUCCUGUUAUUUUUCCUCAUUAGCCUUCUUUAGUGCCGUUGCAAUGUACAGAUGUUUACAAUAAU